GCAGGUGCUUGCGUUACCAAUGAAAACAUGUCGGCUGUGUAGAAAUCAGACAAGAUGUUUUGGGAUAUAUUUUCUCUGUGUGUCCUACUCACACUGGUGUUACACGGAACACACGCUGACCUCCGGGACCAUGUGACAGAGCAUGAGUUACUGGAAUCUGUUACCAUUCACAGUAUAAAACGACGGAGCGCUGACGAUGGAACCUACCGCCGCCCAAGCAAACAUGUCAGCUUUUAUGCAGUUGGCAGGAACUUCUCCCUACAACUGAAGGAGUCUCUCGGAAUCUUCUCCAGGGAUUUUAAGUUCCAAGUAAUUGAUAGGGAAGGUCACAUGAGAGAGGAUAAAGGCCUUGACAAGUCCAACUUUUACCAUGGAUGGGUGGACGGUGAAGCGAAGUCUGAGGUGACAGCUUACUUUGACGGGGAAGCCAUGUCAGCCUCCAUCUUUCUUCCCAACGAUGAAUUUGUGAUUGAACCAAAGUGGAGACACGAUGGAGGGAAGAAAAAGAAGGGGGAUAACUCUAUGAUCGUAUACAGAACCAAACACAUGAUUAUGCCUCAGCCCACAGACAAAACACAAGGAGGGGCAUCAUUCUGCGGAGCUGUACAUGCUGACGGGGCACCGGAUAAUGAACUGGACCAAGACCUCCUACGUCGCAUGAAAGACAAAGACCUAAAUGAACACCACCGAUCGAAGCGCGCAGCACGGACUCGUUGUCGACUGAUGGCUGUUGCUGAUUAUAGAUUCUACAGCAUCAUUGGGGGCUCUAACAAGUACACUACAGCCAAUUACAUAGUUGCGGUGAUAAAUCGAGCCAAUGCCAUAUUUGAAAGAACAAAUUUUGGUGGAACAGGUUAUGGUUUCGAGCUUGAACAGUUGCGACUCCACGAAGGGUACAGUUCACCAGGCGGUUUCCCUUACAAUGUUGCCGUCACCAACUGGGCAGACAUGGCUGGUCUUCUCUCAACAUUCAGCGAGAGCGUAGCCUUCCGUGACUACUGCCUUGUACAUCUGUUCACCCAUCAGAGCCUCGGUAACAUCUACGGUAUGGGCUACAUUGCUGGUACAUCACUGUCUGCUGCCGGAGGCAUUUGUUCUUUGUCGUCGAGUAGUGGAGGGAAGACGUACACAUACAACACCGCCGUCACAACUACCAGCGAUGCCAGCGGUAACACCAUCCUCUCCAAAAUGUCGGAGCUGGUCACUGCUCAUGAAUUCGGCCAUAACUGGGGCAGUCAGCAUGAUCAAUCUGGGGACUGUACGCCAUCUUCACUUAUUGGUAACGGAAAAUACCUCAUGUAUGCCUAUGCUGUCACAGGAGAGGAUCCUAACAAUGAUGAUUUCUCAACGUGCAGCAGGACUUACAUCUCCCGUGUUCUCUCUGCCAAGGCCAGUAACUGUUUCCAAGAGCCUACAACCACCUCUCUGUGUGGCAACGGUCGAAUAGACAGCGGAGAGGAGUGUGAUGGUGGCCUGCUGGGGAAACUUGGGCUGGAUACCUGCUGCUCUAAUGAUUGUACUCUGACAUUGACCUCUGUCUGCACUCAGACAAACUACGCCUGCUGUACGACCACCUGUCAGAGGGCCAGUACUGCCAACAACCUUUUGUGUGCUGGUGGGGGGACCGGCAGCUGUCUCAAGGCAACAUAUUGUGACGGGACCAGCUUGACUUGUCCGACUCCAGCACCAAAGUCCGAUGGCACAGACUGCAUAGAUCAGGGUUCCUGCAGUAACGGCGUGUGUCUAGCCUACUGUGAAUACCGUGGGAAGUCCUCCUGUGUCUGCAAUGAUGUUGGUAAUUCCUGUCAUCGCUGCUGUAGAACAAAUGGAGUGUGUUCUGUAGCCAAUUCAACAUUGUUUCUGGCUAAGGACCGACCCUGUACCUAUGGCUACUGUGAUGGUGCUGGGACCUGUAUCAAAACUGAGGCAGGGCUGGCGGACCGCUUCUUCGCUCUCAUUGAUAAGAUCAGUUUUGACUAUCUUGUGGAGGCCUUCAGGACCAAUAUGGUUGCCUUCGUACAAGUCUUCUCUCUCAUUGUUUGGGUACCGCUCAGCUGCCUCUGCUGGUGUCGGGAUCGUCGUCGGAGGAAGAAGAGAGAAACUCGAGAAAAUUUGAGCGUUCGUAGUGACCGCAAACUCAUCUACGAUUUAGACGGAGAACCAGUCAUUGCAAAGAAACCUGCAUCAAGAGCUACUCGUAACAUGCGGAACAUGAUACCUAUACCUCCGAUUGGUGGUAUUCGGACAAUGAGUGCUCGUGCACCGAGUGAAGCGAGCUACUCCUCGAGGAGAAGGAAUCAGAUAGCUCCGAUCCCUCUAAAUAAGGCAAAGAAAAGGCGUGAGAUACAGAGAGAAUGAGAGCGAAUGAUGUUAGGGAUGACAUUAUGUCAUUAGAGAAUGUUUAUUAAAAGAACAUGUAUUGAAAUAAUCUUAAAAAAACAUGUAGUUUAAGUGUCUGCCUGCACUUUAUUUUAAAAGGCAAUGAACUUUAGCAAUAGUUUACUUAGAAACUGCUUUGAAUUACAAAUCUUUUGACAGCAAUAAUUUUCCCUUGCACUUACAGGGUAAAAUGCUUUUGAAUGGAAUGGUAAUAAUUAUCAUCAUGGCAGGGUAAAAGGCUUUUGGAGGGAAUGGUAUUAUCAUAAUGACAGCAAUAAAAAUAUGUUUUGCCCUGGCUCCUGAAGACUUCAGAAUGAUUGAUAAGAAAGCAUGACAUCUAUGUUUUGUGAUAUAUUUACACCUGAAUGUUUUAUAUAUUUUUUUAUUACUGACUUGUAACCAAGAUGUUGUUAUUCUGGUGAAGAUUAUGUAUAUAUAUCUCUUUUCUUCAUUCUAAAGACAUAAUAAAAGUUUACAAUUCUUGUGAUAUUUCCCAAAUGAUAUUAUACUUUUGUACAGGGUCUACAAAAUGUAUCAAUUUUGUUAUAAAAGGUAAUAUAUUGAAGGUAAUUAGGGCUGCUUGAGUUUAUAAAACUGUGGUAACAGUGAUUUAAAUUAAUCAGUAAGAUUUUAUGUAGUAUACAAUUCUAUAUUAAGGAUUCUAUAUUUAGUAUAGGAUUCUAUGUUUAGUAUAGGAUUCUAUAUUUAGCAUAGAAUUCUAUAUUUAUUAUAGGGUUUUAAAUUAAGGAUUCGUAAACGAUUCUAUAUAUUUAGGAUUUUAUAUUCAGUAUACAAUUCUGUAUUUAGGAUUCUAUAUUCAGUAUACAAUUCUGUAUUUAGGAUUCUAUAUUCAGUAUACAAUUCUGUAUUUAGGAUUUUAUAUUAAGUAUACAAUUCUGUAUUUAGGAUUUUAUAUUCAGUAUACAAUUCUGUAUUUAGGAUUCUAUAUUCAGUACACAAUUCUGUAUUUAGGAUUUUAUAUUCAGUAUACAAUUCUGUAUUUAGGAUUCUGUAUUCAGUACAUGUAUACAAUUCUGUAUUUAGGAUUUUAUAUU